GGGCAGCACAGUCGUUACUCGGACGAGCAACCGUUUGCAUCGCGCGCACUCUUAAGCACACACACACACAUUAAACAAUCAAGGAGUUCCCCCCAACUGACAGAUUGAGAGCACCCUACAAAAGGAUAUACAAGGAAUUCAACAAGCCCGUUUUUUUGUUUGACUUGUUUACCGGAAAACCGGCGCCAUUGUGUCGCCCCUGUAGAGCAUCCAACUGAAGCAUUCCCUAGAAUUCCCUAGAAAUCCCGAACUAAUUAUGACAGCAUCCAUGAAGUACAUCAUCGCUGGCUUCUGCCUCUUAUCAACCGUACGCAAUAUACGAGGAGAGGAAAGGAAACCUUUGCAGUGCUGGCAUUGCAGCUCGGAGACCGCUGGAGCCGAGGACUUCUGUGAUGUAACCUUCCAGGAGGACAAUAUACCCCAAGAGCUGAUCAAGGAGCGCAACAUCAAUUUGCUACGCACUUGCAACAGCAGCAUCAACUCCGAUCACGAGCGUCCUGUUUGCCGCAAAACAGUCGAGGAAAGUAAUGGCAAGGUGAUCACCAAGCGAUACUGUUAUUACACCAACAAAGCGGAUCCCUUGUAUCUCUGCAACAUGACCAGCCCCGACAAGAAUGUGCGCCGAAUAUUCUGCGAGGAUUGCCUCGAAGAUAGUUGCAAUGGAGCUGGCUCCUUGGUCGGCUUUCUCAGUGCUCUUCUGUUGCCGCUCUUGGCUGUGGCCAACUAAGUGAGAGUCGCAGGGAGACAAUUCUAUCUCAAUUUCGGUUCGAACGUGAUAUUUUAUUUAGCCUCCCCCCAAGUGCUUAGCCCGCUGCGGAUAUAACAGAUAUAUUUUAAAUAGUUUAGUUUGUAGUUUGUAUUACUUCGUAUUAUAUAUUUAUGUUAGGCUCUUGGUUAAUGUUCUAUAAUUAUCAUAUAGUUGAAUUUUACACGAAUUACAUGAUUUGCUUAACACAGCUUACGGCGGCAUUUUAACUAAUCAUUUUAACUUAGUAAAUGAAUAGAUGAGAAUUACAUAAACCACAUAAAUAAAAUACAAUUAAUCAAAUGCUUUACGAAGCAAAACUAUAUAUUAUUAACUACCAUAAACUAAAGAAGCACCGCUCUAAUAAUUCAAUAUAUGAAAUUGUCAAAGAAACUACAAGAGAAAUAUUUUUAAUGUUUAAGCCAGACACCAAUGUAAUUAACACAGUUGCAUUCAACACACAAACACACACCGAAUAAA